AUGGAUGCAUAUUGUAGCAAGUGGAAGAAUGUAGCUGACGGUCUCUAUUUUCUUCAAUUCUCUCUCACAGAUUGCCGACCAUAUUGUCCUCCUCCUCAAACUGUGAAAAAGCUACUAGAGGAAAAGCGUCAGCGCAAGACAAGCCAGGUUUCUGCAUCUUUGGUAGAAUUUACACAAGAAACAGGUGUGGCCAGUUCUGCCUCAUUUCUUCAUCACCCUCCCAGCCAGCCAGAAGAUGAGUCCCUUGUGUAUCUUAGACCUGCCCCCCAUUACACCUACACCCCUCUGGAGGAUUUUUAUGUGUCUAGACCUGGUACUGUUUACAUCCCAGACCAGAAAUAUGAGACAGUGAGGAACAAUGCUGAGAUUGAGAAUGUGGAUGUGCCAUCAAUGUCCUACUUGUCUGUCUGUCCCAAUAAUCCUUCCUGGCUGGAACAGUCAUCAGGAUCAUGUUCUGCGUCAGGAGCUGAGUCUGUACUGUGGAUGUCGGGCUUCCUGGUUGCAGAUCUCAACCAACUAGCCCUGGAAGAAGCCAGAGCUGAAAUCCAAAAUCUGAACCCAGAUCAACUUCUGCUUCGUGAUGAGGAUGGAGACACAAUCCUUCAUCUUUAUGCAGCAAAAGGUCUGAGAUAUCUUUCCUAUGCUGUGGCAGAACGUUGUUUGAUGUACGGUCAGCUGGACACCAAAGAGCAUAAUGGAAAGUCCCCUUUGUUAGUAGCUGUGGCAGCCAACCAGCCUGAGAUAGUCUAUGAUCUUAUAACACUUGGUGCUGAUCUCAAUGCAUCUGAUUGGAAAGGACAAACCGCAUUGCACGUUGCUGGGACCUAUGGAUUCUCCAAUGUGCUGAAGGUGUUUUCGUCUUUCAACCAUCAACAGAAUAUUGAUGUGGAGGCCAGAAACUAUGAAGGUCUGACCCCUCUUCACUGUGCCGUCAUUUCUGAGAAUUCUGCAUACAAAAACAGGCAUGCCUUGGCCACACCUGACAGCCAGGAACACGAGAGAGAAACAUUCACCUGCGUGCAGCUUCUCCUGCAGCUUGGAGCCAACUGUGAAAGUCAGGACAUAAAGAGCAACAAAACUGUGCUCCAUCUGGCAGUGCAGGCUGGGAAUAUCCCAUUAGUCAAAUUCAUCCUUAGCUUGCCUCAUCUCAACCUACCAAGACUCGUCAACAUGAAGGCUCAUGGUAACACAGCCCUGCAUAUGGCAGCUGCCCUCCCACCUCUUCAGUCUACGCACUAUCUGAUCCAGCUGCUCAUCUUUGCUGGAGGAGAUCCGAGCAUCCGCAAUCUGGAGAAUGAGCAGCCUGCACACUUGGUGCCUCCUGGGGAAUUCUCAGAGCAGAUAAAGCUCUUGUUGAAGCGUCGACGUGUGAUGUCAUCAGCCCGUCACCAGUCGUCAUCUUCCUUAUAG